GUGGUGGAAAGAUGAAUAUCAUUGAUGAUCCUAUUGCUGAGAGGGUCAAAGGUAUUAUUCAGCCAUCAGUUAAAGGUUUACCUAAUAAAUUUGACAGCGAUUACAUGCCAGGCAUAGAUGAGCCACAGAGCAACGAACAGUUGGACGAUAAAGACGUUUAUCAAGUGGUUGACGAUAAAGACGUUUAUCAAGUGGUUGAGAUAUUUGAAGAAGAAGAUUCAAAUGCUGCAAAUUGGGCUCAAUGGACACCAGUCAAGCUAAGUUCUGAAAAGAGCAAAGAAUUGCAGUUCUCAAACAACAAUAAAAAUGAAGAUUUAUUGACUCUGAAAGAUAUACAAACAGUCCUUCCGCAAUCCUCCAAGGAAAAAUCCAAUUCGUCAACAAGUAGCGCAUCAGGAUCAAAUUUGAAGCGUAAGAAAUCCAAACAGCUUCAAGUAAACGCUUCCAAACAAAAUGAACGGUAUUAUAACCUUGCACAAUCCAAAUUGGAAUUAGUAGAAACAAUGAAGGAAAAUCUUUGUGAAAAAACGGCAAUCGAAAUAGCAAUUUGCAAAAUGCAAUUAGAAAAAGAAAGACUUCAAGUAGAACUUCUUAAGAAACAAUUAGAUUCUUUUGAAAAGAAACAGUUAAAUCCUGUUGAAAAGAAAUAA